AGAAAAGUAGCACAGUGCGGAUAGAUACGCGGAUGCGUGGUCGUUAAACUGCGGAUCGCGGAAAAAAACGAAUUUUUUGAUUAUGUUUUUAGCGUAGAGCCAAUGGCAGAGCCAAAACAAUUCGAUCGCAAUUGCCCAAACUGCUCAACCUGCGCGCGAUCGUGACAAUGGAAUAUUCUGAUUGAAAACAACGCAAGCCGGAUAAACAGUCUCAAAAUAAAUAUUUAAAAAUAACCCAAAAAUUAAUAUGGCGAGCGGUGUGUUUCAAAAACGGCCAAAAGCAGCGAAAACUAUUUCGCUGUUCUGCAUGAUCUUAAUAAGGCUGAGCCAGGCCGCGGAUGACAGCCAUGAGACGAGCACUUUGCUAGCCACCACCACUACCAUCACCACAGAGAUCAUUCCGAUGCCCGAUUCUGGGCGCAGCUGCUUCGGUUGGUCCUCCGCGCCGGAGGCAGCGGGCGGCAACUGCUCCAGAUCGAACCGGAACGGAACUCUUAAGUGCUAUGGCGGAAUGAAUAACCUGGCUGCCCUGAACCAAUCUGGAAAGUUGAGCAGAGUACAGCCCGCACUGGAAAUGCUUCUAUGCGGCUGGCCAAAGGAUGGUCUGAAUCAUUUCCGGGAUCUUCAGAAAUUGCCCCGCCUUCGAUCACUGACCAUCGAGUACAGUGGCUUCACCGAAUUCAAAUUCGACUUUCCCGAGAUGUUGGAGCUGCAUACCAUCAACAUUUCGUGGACGAAUCUCUCGUACAUCUCAUCCCGCACCUUCAAACGGGUGCAUCCGCUCAAGGUCUUAGAUCUGCGAUGGAACCAGCUCAUCCAACUGGAUGGACCCCUGUUGCUGCCCCGCAAUUUCGAGCAACUCUAUCUGGCGGGCAAUCCGUGGAACUGUACGCGCAAUUUCAAGUGGAUGCUGCUGCAGCCGGAAAAGGGGCGCCUGGUGGUGGAUCGCGACGAACUAAUCUGCACAGAUCGAAAGUAUAAGGAACGCCAGAUGCUCCUGGUCAUGCACUACAAACUGGAGCUGAGGAGACAAUGCCAGUCGCAUGAGGAUCUAAGGAACUGCACUUGCCUAAUGCAUCACAUCUUGCCGAAGACUCACAUACCGCUCUAUACGGUCAACUGUUCCCAUUUGCAGUUCCAGCGCUUGCCAGACUUUUUGCCGGACAACACCACCACUUUAGUUAUUAACGAUAAUAUGAUCAGUGACAUAAAUCCGCUGCGGGACAAUCCCUACUAUCGCCACGUUGUGGAUAUGCAGCUGGAGAACAAUCAGAUAUCCAAUGUGGACAACUUGGAGGGCACUUACUGGCUGCAGAACUUCCGCUUGCUCAAUCUGCGGGGCAACAAUCUCCGCAAGUUUCAUGUCUACGCCCUGGACAACGCUCUGUUUGACAACGAGAAUGCCAAUCUGCUAUUGCUAAGUCGAAAUCCCUGGCACUGCACCUGCAAGUUUGGCAGCAGAAUGCGUGAGCUGUUGACCAAGUACAAGGAUAUCGUGCGGGAUGCCUGGAAUGUGAGCUGCACCUACCGCCUGGAUGACGACCAGCUGCUGGCCAAGGUGCUAACCCUCAGUCGCCAGGAGAUGUGCAAUUUAAGUGUGGAGGGCAGCACUCAGAUCCAUCCCAUCGAUUGGCUGAACGGGGUGCUGGCCAGCCUCAUAUUUAUCAUCCUGGGCAAGCUUGCCUACGAUUACUACUACUACAAGUAUUACGGUCGAGUUCCUUGGAUUGUGAUGAAAAUGCCCUAGUCUCUAUUUAG